AAGAGGAAACAUGAACACGUUGUUGUCCAGAGCGAAUACAAUAUUCGCUUUCACACUUAGUGUGAUGGCGGCACUAACAUUUGGAUGCUUUUUGUCGACAGCAUUCAGUGAACAUAAAGCCGAUGUAGUUAUUCACACGGCGAAGGCCAUUGUGAAAAAUCUUCCAGAUUACUCAGCCUCCAGAGAGAAGAGUGAUUUGGGUUUUGUGACCUUUGACCUACAAGCUGAUCUCAGUCCACUUUUCAAUUGGAAUGUGAAGCAGUUAUUUGUAUAUUUGACAGCGGAAUAUCAGACAAGUAGCCAUCAAUUAAAUCAAGUUGUGCUGUGGGAUAAAAUCAUACGCAGAGGAGACAAUGCGACACUGGAUUACAGAAGCAUGACAACAAAAUAUUACUUCUGGGAUUUUGGAAAUGGUUUAAAAAACAACAAAAACAUCACACUGACGCUGUCUUGGAAUGUCAUACCUAACGCUGGAACACUUCCCAAAAUUGUUGGAAUGGGCAGUCACAUGUUUGAAUUUCCAGAUGAAUAUUCAAUAUCUCGAGGAUUUUAAGUUUAUUUCAUCUAGAAGAUAGAUGAAGUGGAAAUGUGGAUUUAUGUGCCCUUGUGUUAACUAGGACUGAUAUGUGUCUCUUGUUGUCAACUCUUCUCUUUACCCAAAUCAAAAAAUAUCUUCAUUAACCUAGUGUCACUUCAAGUAGCCCCAUCUCAUGUUUCCUGAUGUUUUUAUUUAUAUAAAAGUAAAUUUA